AUAACUGCAAGGCGUUUGUUGAAGAAUUACAGAAAAUAUCUCCGUCAUUAAUUAAUAAUCUGUUACAGUAAAGAACGGCGUUACGACUUCGUAAAAGAAAAUAAUAAAUGAACUUUCAAUUCUGUGGUGGUAAACCACAAGUAUAAUCCCGAGGAAGACGAAUUCAAAGGAACAGCUUUCAAAAAAGAGUUUUAUUUUGGUAAAACUUCAAAAAAGAGUUCCUUAGAGAUUAUUCAACAAUGGUGGAUCCAGUUAUGGCUUCCUCAACCAAGAAACCAAUCUUCAUCUUAGAUCUGUCCGGACAAAACUCAAACCCUAUGAUUCCUGAUUCCUUUGUUUCGAAUCACUUAAAGGGUAACAUUCAGUCUACAAAACUGAAACUUACUUCAGAUGCUUCGGACAGAACAUGGGAAGUUGAGUUGGAUGGUCAGAGAUUCGCCCGUGGAUGGAAACACUUCUCUGAUCACCACUGUGUACGAAGCGACGACGUUUUGAGCUUCAGGCAGGACGGUGACAUGGUCUUCCACGUUACACCGUUCGGACGCAGAUUCACUCAGCAGAUUCAGUUCAUCUCGUCUACCUCUGAAGCUUCUGAUGAUGAUGAUGAACACAAUAUCUUUGAUGAUGAUGUUUAUGAUGAUGAAGAUAUUGGUGAUGAAGAUGUUGGUUAUGAUGAUGAUGCGACAUCGGAAGAGGAACUGUAUCCAAAUAAAACUUUGUCGAAGAAGAGAGCAAGAACAGAAACAGAAUGUUCAUCCGAAAACACUUAUCUUGUUGCGCACGCCACACCUUCAAGCCUAAGCCGAAACCAUAUGUAUCUUCCAAGCAAAUUUGCGAGGGCAAAUGGUCUGAACAACAGACAGUGUGAGAUCGAUCUAAGGAACGAACAUGGAAAGUCUUGGACUCUUGAUCUUACACACCACAAAUCAACUGGUCAAGCAUUUGUCCGUAAUGGCUGGACAAGUUUCUGCAAGGCAAAUGGGAUCAAAGCCGAAUCUUUUCGUAGAUUCAAACUUGUCCAAACCGGAACAAAACCUGUGCUACAGUUGUCUCCCAACACUGAAGGUGAUGAUGAGAUUGAAUCCGAAGACUGCUCAGAGCCUUCUUCAAUGAAUCAGAACAGGAUCGUGGCAUUAGAACUUAAACCUUACAUGUUUAAGUCAGGUCGAGUUCGAGUACCUGCAUCAUUCGGAAGAGCUAAUGGGAUCAAUGAAGCGGGAAAGAUAACUAUAGUGAACAAAGAUGGCGUAGAGUGGAAGUUACAUCUAGGUAACAUGAAGGGACGUGAGCUAUUCUACAUUAGAGGUUUAAGAAAUUGUUUUGUAGCCAAUGGUAUAAAGAAAGUUGGUGAUUCCUUCACACUAGAAGCUAUCAGAGGAGGACCUAAUCCUAUUCUCAAGAUCUGCUCCAAGGAAGCAUCAUGUGAUGGCUAUAAGACUCCACAGCCAAGGAUGAUUCAAGCGUCACGAGAUGAAGAAGAAAAGGAAACUAAAGUACAAAAGAAAGCUCGAGUUUCUGCAGUAGGAGGACCAUCUCACCGUACUAGGGCAUCAAACAGAUCUAGUGCUGGUCCAUCAAACUUGCAGCACAAGCAACCUAUUCAACCUUGCUCUAUCUCUGAUCAGGUAACAAAGGUGAAGCAGAGUGUUGUGGAUGCCUUAACCGAUGUAAGACAGUUUCGGUCAGAACUCGAGGUAAAGGAACGUAAUCUAGAAGCUGCGCUGCUGGAAAUUGAUGUGUUAGGGGAAAAGAUAAUGGGAAUCAGCAAACUCUUCAACAUCAAUCAAGUCUAAAGCAUGAGAAGAUCAGAAAAGUUUUGGAGGGACAAGAUCAGAAAAUGAACAAUGUGCUUUUGAUAGGACGAUGCAAGUUUAGAAAUUCACAUGAAACAUCUACUUCUCCUGCGUUUCUACUUUGAGAUUUUUGUUUAGUCAUAAUUAUCUCAUUCAAAUCUUGGUUAACCAAUUUUAAGUUAACAAAGAAGGGACUGAAUGAAAUUUUUCUAGUUACGGCUCAAAAUUACUCAUAGUUAAUGUGUGUAUAUGUAUAUAUAUCGGACUUUUUAUGUUCGUGGACUUAUCUGCAU